CCGACAACGCAGUUGACGUUGUAGCUUCAUUUGUGACUGACUUAGCUAGAACACAGUUAAAGAUGGUGCUACAAGUGAAUUCUGGAUUAGGCAGAUUUGAAAAGAUAGAGUGCACCUUAACAAAGGAAGUAGAAAAACUAGCAAAGAAAGAACUAAGGGAAGAUGAGACCAUUAAGGAACAAACUUUGGCACAGUUUAGAGAUUGGAUUAGAAAAAACCAUGAUCUACAGAAUAUUAGAAUAGAUGCCAAUUUCCUGUUGCGGUUUCUGAGAACAAAGAAGUACAGUCUUCCAGCAGCACAAGUAAUGUUGCUUAAAUAUCUUAAUCUUCGGCAAACAUUUAAACAUUUGAUGUUUGAUUUGGAUUAUCUUGAUCCACCAGUUAUGGAACUGAUCAAUAAAGGGUAUUUGUUUCCCUCUCCUAUAAGAGACAAACAUGGUAGAAGGGUUAUCAUUGGUAUUUCAGAAUACCUAGAUGCUCAUAAAUAUUCACGGAUAGAUAUGUCAAAAGUUCAUGCCAUUACAUAUGAAGUUCUCAUGGAAGAUGAACAGAACCAGAUUGUUGGCUUUACACAUUUUGGUGACUUCAAACAUGUAUCUGCAGCACACUUAACAAUAUGGUCCCCUACAGAGUUUGCAACUGUAUUUAGAUGGGGAGAGCAAUCCGUACCCAUGAGACACAAGGAAAUUCAUUUUUUAAAUGUUCCAUCCCCACUUAAGUAUGCUUAUGAUUUUGUAAAGUCCUUGAUGAGUAGUAAAAUAAGGGAGAGGCUAAUGGUACACAAUAAUUUAGCGGAAUUACAUGCUAAUUUGGACCCUAAGGUAUUACCAAAGGAAUAUGGUGGUGAUAUACCAAUGGCAGAAAUGAUUGAAAUGUGGAAAAAAGAACUGGCUGAAAAAAGAGAAAGGCUUUUAGCAUUGGAUCAUAUGAAGUUGCUGGAUAAUUCUUGUUUAUCUAAAAAAGGAAAAAAUGGCAAUAACAGAAGUAUCGAUACUACUUCAGUUAUAGGAAGUUUCAGGAAAUUGGAGGUUGACUAAACUUUGAUAAAUCUAAACUUUCUUAAUCUAAUUUGUACCUGUGGCAUUAUAUUCAUUCAAUACAAACAAGUUUCAAAGACAACUGUAAUCA